UCGCCCAGACAGUCGUACUAGACAGAUUUACUACCGUCAGCGACCAAAGACCAGUGUGGCGCCGGGAGUGCCGCAGCAGCUUGGCACUGCCUGUCCGCAAGGUAGCGGCUGAUUUAUCCAGUCUUAUUUGUGUCCUUGUCCAAUGGAGGCAUCGGUAAUGAACCUCGCGAUGAUGACGGAGCUGGACUGCAACAGCAACACCCUGAACGCCGAGCUGGAGGUGAAGAAGCUCCAGGAGCUGGUCCGGCAGUUGGAACGGCAGAACGAACAGCUGCGGACACGGGCGAGCUGCUGCUUCUCCGGCGACCCGCAUGCGCUGCCUCCGUCCCCGCCAUGCGACCGCGGAGGCGCCGGGGGCUAUUGUUUUCCCACCGCGCUGCCCGGUCAGCAGUCUUUGGGGGCAUUCGCGCCUUUGGAGUAUUUCCAUCCCCAAGUCGGUGAUGGAGCUGGUUCUGCUGCUGCGGAGGUGGAGGAUGGAGCCGAGGCGUCGGUUCUGGACGACCUGGAGCUUCUGGAUUUGGAUUCCUUGUGCUCCAUGGACAAGUCUGACGAAACAUGGUUGUAUUCACCAUCCAAAUCAACAGAUCCCACUGAUGACUCCGUCACACCUCUGCAGUGGUGUCGGCAGGUUCUGGACUCACCCAAGUCUGAAGUGGAGGCCGCCAGGCAAUCGCUUUCCCUCCGACUGGAACAAGUCUCCAGGUGGCGCAGCACCCUGUCCAGCACAUCCCCUUCCUCUUCCCCUGGUCCCUCUCUGAAUCGAGUCACCGGGCUGUCCCCCAUCAGCACUCCCCCCUGUACCAAACCCUGCUCCAAACCCUGCUCCACUCCCCGGUUAUCUGAAACACAUGCUCCAUCCCUCUCCUCUCCUCUCCACCCAAUCCUCCAUCGGACUCUCAGUCCUGUAGGGAAGGAGCUCUGCCCUGUAGCUGAGAGGACUCCCACAUUCCUCCCUCAUCCAACCAAACGAAGCCACAGCCUCUGGCCCUUGGCCUUCAGUCCCCAGUCGUCCAUGGACAGCGACCUUGGUGCAUCAGAGGUGGAGGACGAUUCCAUUGCUUUGGGUUACAGACUACAAGAUCUCACAGAUGUCCAGGUUAUGGCCCGGCUGCAGGAGGAGAAUCUCAGAGCCCAUCGCUACUUCAGCUUUAUUAACCCCCGGAGGUUGUGUGUGUGUGUGUGUGUGUGUGUGUGUGUGUGUGUGUGUGUGUGUGUGUGUGUGUGUGUGUGUGUGUGUGUGUGUGUGUGUGUGUGUGUGUGUGUGUGUGUGUGUGUGUGUGUGUGUGUGUGUGUGUGUGUGUGUUAUUUGCUAUUUGCCUGCUGGCCUUCAUAUGUUGCUCCCCCAGGUCUAAGACAGGAUUACGCCAGCACAACGUCCAUCCUGGCCAACCGCCGCAGCCAGAGCUUCAACUUCCAGCUCAGCCAGCUCGGCCCCGGCCUGGAGGAGGAAGACGAGGAGGACGACGAAGACUACGGCCUCCUGCCCCCACCACAGCCACGGCUUACUCGCCUGCCACACUCGCACACCAUUUCCAGUGUCCGAGAUUGGCGAAGAAGCACCAGUUCCCUCUCCACCCCUCCUUCCACCCCCUCCACCCCUCCGUACCCUUCCGCUGGGUACGCCUUUCAACCUCCACCACAAGCGCAGCCUCAGGGAUUGGGACUGGAACUAGGACUAGACCUAGGCAGCCUCUGCGGAGCCGAACUGCAGGGCCUGAGACAAGGAUCAGAUAAGCUGAGGAGGAGCAUGCCUAACCUGGUCAGAGCUCCCAGCAUUCCUAGUGUGCCCAUGCCAACCAAUUUUAGUGCUUCCUCUUCUUUGCUUCGUAACAGCCAGAGUUUUGAUUCUUCUAGUGGCCUGGCUCGACUGCAGUCCUCUAUCCCUUCCCCAGGCCAGCUGCACAACAGGGUUCAGAGUGUGGGUAACUUUGCAUCGUUGUCACGUCAACCCCUGAAAGCCACCGCAUAUGUCAGUCCCACCAUCAAAGGCUGUGCCUCCAUGCUAGCGUCAACCAGCCUUCAGUCUCUGAGCAGUGGGAGUAGCACAGGGGUCAGCAGCAGCAUCCCUCUGCUCAGUAAGCCUUCUGGUGGACUAGGGCUGUCCACCUCCACUCCAGCCACCCCUCGCAGCAGCCUGCCCCGUCCAGCUUCUUGUACCGCAAGCUCGACCCCUCGCAGCAAGAUGGUCCAACCAGCACAAAGUUGUGACCAGUGUUUCUUGUGUGUCCUCAGUUUACUGACUCCUCCAAAGACUUUGUCCACCCUCAGUGCACUUCGUGACAGUACGUGGAAAGACGGUUGCUACUGAUGAAUGUAGGAAAUGGUGAGGUGGCACCCUGCUGGCUGGGGUAAUUCACGACACCUCUAUAUGAAGGCUUCUCUGGCAGUGAAUGGGUUUGACCUAAAAGUGACUGUUACAAUGAUAAAUUUGAGAUCCUGCAUUGAAUAGUUGAGUGUAAUAACUUGAAAAAUGGACAUGAGCUACUUUGUGUCAUUUUUAAUCAGUUCUAUGCAGAAUUUCUUCGGAUAAGGCGGGUUUAAUUUUCACAUUCAAAACCUAAGUCUGCUUUGUGCCAAAGUGGAGUCCCUCCCUAUUGCUCUUGUGCAAUAAACUGCUCGCUAUGUAGAGUACCAGUAAUGCCAACUUGGUAAAGAGGGCUGCCAAUUUUAUGACGUGAACCUCACACAGUAAUUAUUUAUUUAUUUUAUUUUAAAUUAAACUUUGACUAAACAAGUGUUUUGUUUUUAAUCCCUCUGGCAACAAGUGCCAAUGAUGCUGCUAAAAUAUAAUCACUUUUGGGCACAUUUGCUUGAUGUUUGUUUGUUUUGUUUGUUUGUUUGUUUUCUUUCCUUUCUUACUAGGAAAACUUAAAGUGUGUGUGCGUGUGUGUAAUAUUAUUGAAUUUGUAAAUCUUGACCAAAAUCAUGUUUACAAAAUUGUCUCACCACAGCGUCACAAAAUGUUCUUUUUCAUAUUAACACUUUAAAACUACCUAUGAAAUUGUUUUCUUGAUGCACUUUGUAAAAAUCUGAAAUUUUGUUUACCAAUAUUUACACUUGUACUGCAUAUGAUCUUCUGGGUUUGUGGCGAAAAACAAAUUAAUGUUCUUUAAAGAUUUCACAAUUAUUCACGGCAUAAUGUAGCAGCCUUUGUUUUUAAAUGAAUGUUACUAAGCCUCAUUUGACUGAAUUCUACCACUUUUUGUUACUGUGAUGGACUGAAUGAGGUCAACAUUUUAAAUAAAACAUGGUGAAUUAAA